AUAGAAUCACUCCUCGUCAGACUCUCGCGAGUGUUUGAGUGAAGAAAAAAAUGGCUUCGUUUGCUUCCACAGAGUGUUUCCUUCCCCUCCAAAAAUGGUUUCUCGCGCCCACGCACCACCGUCAGGGCAAUGGCACGAGUAGUACCGUCGUGCUCCUUCCACGCGCUGCUCCUCACCAGUCCAAGUCCCUCUCCUUUUCCUUUUCGUCGCAAGGAAUGAAUUCGUGCAUUGCUGUUGAGAGGAAGGACCGCUCGUCUUUUGCACAAACGGCCGCCGUUCGGUAUCUGAUGGGUUCCGUCACCCGAACUCAGGGUCUUCGAUUUGCUGUGGUUGUGGCGCGGUUUAAUGAGAUUGUCACAAAGCAGCUGUUAGAGGGAGCCUUGGGCACUUUCAAGAAUUAUUCGGUUCAAGACGAGGACAUUGAUGUUGUAUGGGUUCCUGGUAGUUUUGAAAUUGGUGCCGUUGCAGAAAGGCUAGGGAAAUCAGGAAAAUAUCAUGCAAUUUUAUGUAUUGGAGCAGUGAUUAGAGGCGAUACUUCCCACUAUGAUGCAGUUGCUAAUUCGGCAGCAUCCGGAGUUCUUUCGGCGGGUUUAAAUUCAGGAGUUCCAUGCAUAUUUGGUGUCCUGACUUGUGAUGACAUGGAUCAGGCAUUAAAUCGAGCUGGUGGUAAAGCUGGCAAUAAGGGUGCCGAGACUGCUUUGACAGCUAUUGAGAUGGCAUCUUUGUUCGAGCACCAUCUGAAGUAAUAGAAUUAUUGCUCCUGUCGGAUGUCAUCCGUAUCAUUCCCGGUUUUUUCUUCUCCUGGGUGUGGCCUGUUGUUUCAUUUGUCGGCUGGCAGAAGAUCUUUAUGUUGAGAGUUCUGGGGAUUUCCAAAGGACAGAAUAAUGAGUUAUUUGUCGAUUGCUUUGUUACACCUUGAAAUGGCAAACUACUUAGACACACGAAAAGCUCUAUGUUCUUGAUGUUAAGAAUCAGAAAUAUUUUUGUACUCUUGCUCCCCUGCUUUUUCUAUAUGAUUGGACAUUUUGUGUAUGAAUGUGUUA